CCAUAUCCGUCACCGUUGUCAUAGUUACUGUACACAACGCGCCUGAGCAUCUCCCGUUGAAGCAGAUCCUUCUCUAACGUCCAACGUACGACUUCACACCCCAUUACCAGUAUCAAUAUGUCCGAUGUGGGGUCUGAGGAUCCGGAGGAGGAUCAGAACUACCUUGGGGAAUAUUCUGGAGACAGAAACGAAGUAGGAGAGAGGCAUGGGUCGGGCAGAGCGGUACUUCCCGGUGGAGACACGUACCAGGGACAGUAUGACAGCGGCCGCCGAUGCGGACAGGUGUACUGCAACCUUUCCCUUUAAUUCUUUCAAAGUUUUUCUUUAUUUCAAACACCAGAAUGCAGUUGUUUUUUUAAUCCAAGGUCGUCUUCUAAACAUCCAGGGAACAUAUCGCUUUAAGAGUGGCGCCUGCUUCAUAGGAGAUUACUACAAUAACAUCAAACAAGGACAAGGCACCCUCUACUACCCGGACGGAUCCAAAUAUGAAGGGUCCUGGGUGGAGGACUUGCGUCAGGGCCAUGGCAUCUACACCUACCCUAACGGAGAUAAGUACGAUGGAGCGUGGCUCCGCGACGUCAGGCACGGCCAGGGGACGUACUGGUACAACGACACCGGCUCUUCGUAUAGGGGCGCCUGGAACAACGGCAAGAUAGACGCAGUCGGAGAGAUCCUCCAUUCCAACCACCACUACAAGGGGAGCUUCCUGAAUAACAAUCCAACGGGACCGGGGAAGUACGUGUUUGACAUCGGAUGUGAGCAGCAUGGUGAUUACAUUCUAACAGAACAGACAGGGCCCCCUGAGGAUGACGAAGGUGACUCUUCCUCUGCCCUCAAGUGGCUCCCGAGAGACAUCACCGGUCCAACCAUGGGGACCUCCGUGUCCACCAAGCCAUCAUCAGGUGGACCCUAGCUCAAAUGUGAUCAGUCAACACAAAAUAUUUGGAAAAGCAAGCAGCCUCUACAGAAGAUGGGAACUGACCUUUGGACCUUGAUUUUUGUGCAUUUGUAACAUCAUCAUAACCACAUGUUGAGCUUAUUUGUUUACCGUUUUACAGUUUUGUUCUUUAUGCAUUUUCAUCACUUUUUGACUGAACGUUAUACAAUAAAACAUAAAUAAAAAGGGUCAAAGUCUU